AUGCUCGUCGUUUCUGCAACGCCCAAAGCACCACCAGCGCCGACACUCAGCCGAGCUUCCCGAGCUUCGAGGCGGCCUGAGACCAGCUGGGCCUCAGGCGUGCGCACGGGCGCAGGCCUUGUUUCUCUGCUGCCAGCGAUGCCAGCAGAGCUGAAGCUUCCGGACAACAAGGUCCCUGGCUGCUUGAGCACUGUGCAUGUGAGUGCCCGGCUGGAGGAGGACGGCACCGUCAGCUUCCAAGGAGACUCAGAUGCCCUGAUAUCCAAAGGCCUUUGUGCUUUGCUGGUGCUGUGCCUUAGCGGCUGUACGCCCGAGGAAAUUGCCAGCGUGAAGCCCGAGUUUAUCAAGGCCUCCGGGAUUUCGGCGGCUUUGACGCCGGGCCGUAACAAUGGCUUCUUCAACAUGCCGCGACCCAAGAGUGCACGAGAG